AAGAUUUUUACAGCAUAAGCAUGGUCAUACGCUGGAUUAUGAAACAAUAAACUGUGAAAUUUUAAAUAUAUAUAUAUAUUACAGCACUAAGAUUUUUACAGCAUAAGUAUGGUCAUACGCUCGAUUAUGAAACUAAAAGCUGUGUAAUGCUGCCGUCCUGAAACUAAAGUGCGGCUAAGUGACAUGUGUGCGAUCUUUCAGUCUUGCAUCAUAAACAGUUUUUCAUUCUCUAACGAUAUAUCUUUAACAAAGAUGGGAAUAUUUUACGGCUAAAGUCUAAAAAUCCGUCAUGUAUGUAUUUUCUAUUUAAAUAAUUAACUUAUUUAUGUGUGUAUCAGUUUUAUGUAUUCUAUGCUUAUAUUAAAAAGAUUCUAUAGACCCAUUACCCUGGUAUCCCAAAACGCACAUUGCAGUGCUUACUUUGGGGUAGGUUAAUAAUUAGUGUGAGUGUUAGUAGUGUUUGUGUUUUAUUUAUUAGUAAUCACGUUAGUAAUCGUUUUUGAUGUAAACUAAGACAUUAAUUAAUAAAAUUGUUAGUAAGUGGUAUUUACUUCCUUUUUAAGGUUGGUUUUACAUCGAAGGUGCGAUAUUUAUGAUAGACUUGACUGCUAAAAGGUGUUAUUUUAUCAAGUUCAUUUAUAUAAUUCAGGUAAGUUUGUUUGCAUGCGCGCGUUUCUUUUUCGGGUUCCAGGGAUCAGUGUUGCCAACUCUACGUCUUUUUACGUAGAUCUACGUAUUUUAGGCCUUUUCUGGAAACCUACUAACUUCAGUCCCAGAAUCUACGUAUUUUCUUAUUUUUUUCAAAUUUGUAAAAUAACGUAAUUCACUAGAAUAAAAACUAUACAAAUGUCUAUUUCUUAUAAAGAUGUAUCUUAACGCUCUUGUAUAUUGUAGAAAAGGAUCCCGUUAUUGGUUUUGUUGACUAAAUUAUUGCUGGACGCAGGAUUUGUGAAAGCAGAAACGACAAAACCCUUUGACUUAGUAGGUACAUUCAUAACCUUAAAAUUGUAUUUUUAAACUUUAAAUAUUAUCAAUGAGUACCUACUCACAUCGAAUUGAUCUUUGCAAAAAGAAAUGACUUUUAGUCGAUAAAGUUACAGGAUUUAGCAAGUUUUAAAUCAUAUUUCCAAAAAGUAUCAACUAGCCCAUUUAACAACAGUUUGUCAUUCUCUAUACAGAAUGAAAAGGAGAGAUUGAUGUUAAAUUUAGUUUUAAAUUUAGAGAACCAUCUAGAAUCGACACCCACCAGUGUCUGUAUCUGAUGGUUAAUGUCUACCACAGCAUGGUAAAUGCUUCCAAUGCAGCGACUUCUCCAAGAACUCUUUGUUCUAUCUCUCGUUCUUAAACAAAUUGUAAUACAAAAUACUCGUUUUAUUCGGUUUCACCCAACUUCUUCAUUUAAGUUACGUUUUUUAAAGCAUUUAACUGCUCUAUGUUUAAAUCUAAAGAAAAGUUUUACUAGAAAAAAAAUCCACGCAUUCUUCAAUCUCGCAAUCUUAAUUUCACUCAGAAAAAAGUACGUAGAUCUACGUACUUUUCAUAUGCAAAAUUUACCAAUUCUACGUAAUUUUCUCAUCGGGCCUACGCCUUUUUCAAAAUCCGAGUUGGCAACACUGCCAGGGAUUCCGGUAUGUAUUUCUAUUACGCCGACAAAGUGGUAGAAUAAAAUUUAUAAAGAUAUAUUUUGGGGACCCAGUGGCGAUGAUUUUUUUUUCAUCGUUCACCCCAUCGUGUGGGGUAUCGUUGAAUAGAUGCUUUAAAGUAUUUAGUGAUUGCUAAGACUUGUUGUCGGCUUAGGGAUCUGUUAUCGAAAUAUUAAACAGUGAACAUUUUUGGUACUCCAAAAGCUUAAAUAUUAGCUAAAACGAAACACAGGCACCUGAUGUGAUGAACGAUGAGCAACUACAGAACCCUAGACUGCGCGUCGCACGACCAGGGUUACCAAAUUUGAAACGCCUGAAUUUUUAAUAUUAGCAACGUGGUACUGCAAUGCCGUGCGUGCAUUUUGCUCAUAUCUUCCUUCCUAUAUAGCUUAUGAAUUAAAGAGAUGAUGAUAUUAAUAAAAUAAACGGUGGACAAGUACCUAUUACCAGUUUAUUUUGUAAUGGAUUAUGGUUUCAGAAUAAGUACUAUUAUAUCGCUUUAUAGACAAGCUAAUAAGUCAUGAGAAAAAAUGGGGCUAUCGGUUUAAAACAAACAAUAAAUACACAAAGUCCAUCUUAGCCUUUGUAGACAACCUCGCAAAACUGACACGUAAUCCUAAACAAUGUCACACAUUAUGAAUUAAAGUGGAGACUGAGGACAAAACUAAGUAAGUGUUGCUGUCUAUGCCUGGGUAGACGACACACCAAAUAUACCUCUUACGAUCCCGAACUCUCAAUAGCAGAACAAUGUGUUACCACGAUUGCUGAAGCUGCCCCUUUCAAAUUUAUGGAUAGAAAGAUCGUGCACAAAGGACGUACUCCAUCCUAAGAGGCAGUUGUCAAUAAUUUUCUAAUAAUGACUUAAAUAAGGUUGACCAGCAACCAUUGAGCAAUAUUAAAAAAGUUUGGAUAUACGACAACUAUCUUACGUCACGCCUGACUUGACCUUUCCUUGUUUAAGACAUUGGUGAAAUCCUCUUGGCAAUAUUGGAUGUAAAUAUCAUAAAGAAAUUUAAGUUGUGGUUUAGACUAGCCUAUUCAACUGAUCUCUCAACUCUAUUUAGAGAUCAGAAUCAUUUUAGGAUGAAGUCAAAGAAGCCAUCAAAACUCUAUAAACACCUUAGUCACCAUGACGCAUGUCUUGGGACAAACCCAGGAUAAAAUAGUCUCAUCACUUCCAAAAGCUAAACGUGUUACAGAGUUUGAGUCAAUACUUCAAUUCCAUAAACAAUUUAUGGCAGGUGCACAGGUUAAUGAACUAAUAAAAUCUUUCCUACAACAAAACGAAAAUGAUAAAUAUAAAGAUAUGCAAUGAAUUUAUAAAUGAAAAUUGAAUGGUGAGCCGUAGGUGAGUUUUGUAUUCCAUUAGCUCUGAAGUGGCGCACUUUGCUACAUGAUUGGUCUACUGUUCUACUAAAAUUCUAUCUCAAUGUCUUCCAAAUGACCCUCCCAAACCAGAGUAACCUAGUAAGAUGGGCGAAAGCCUCUGAAAAAUUGUGGUGAGGCAAUAGGUACUGCUAGGCACAUAUUGGUUUGUUGCAAGGUGCUCCUUGAUAGGGAUUAAUACUCGCAUCGCCAAGAUAGAGUACUUGAGGCCAUACAUGACGCAGAAAAUCUUGCAGUGGCUCGAGCCCAAAAAGCAUUAACCACAAUUAAAAAACAAAUUAACUUUAUAAAGGAAAGCUCAACUGUUAACUCGAAAAGCAAGUCUUUCUCAAUUCUAAGUACUGCACCUCCCCGAUCUACCCUUCACCCUCCAAGCGUAACUGUGGGGUCCAGUUUUGAGUCGCCGUUUGCCGUUUGCCUGGGUUCCUACCCCCUCGAGAUGGUGCCGCGGAGCCCUCCCUGGCAGUCACAGAAGGUACCGCUAGGGGACUAGCAGGUGGGCUCGGCGCCGCCGACCAGUCCUCCUCCUCCUGCGUGGAAGAGAGUUCGCGUGGGCUUGUUCCUCGCGAACUCUCUCCGCCGCCUCCUUCCGUGAGAUGACCAGACUCCAGACUCCUCACAGAAGGAGACUACCACCUGCCAGGAUCUAUCACUUCCCAACCCGACUGGACUAUUUUAAUGGAUGCGUAUGAAAAGCACUAUAAAGUACCAGAGGAUAUUGGUGUUUCGUCAUCCAAGCCGGACAUAUUCCUCUUUUAUAGGCACAUCAAACAUAUAGUACUAAUAGAGCUAACUGUACCGUGGGAAACUAUCAUUCCAAAAGAUUAACAUAAAAUUGAAUAAAUAUUACGAUCUAAUCAAGGAGCUUACUAAAAAUCAAAUCAAAUCUAGUUAAUUAAUAUGCGGUAUAAGUAGGAGCGACAGGUAUAACAGCAAAUUUUUUCUAUUACCUUCUUAAAGACCUAGGCCUAUCGAAACUGCAGUUAGUUCAAUUUUGGAACGAUUAACUAAGGCUGCACUAAGAGGCUCUUAUCAAAUUUGGCUAGGAAGGACGGCCAACAAAAUUUUUUUGGAGUUUCCUCCUUAAGAAUCGAUUUGCAUAUAUAAGGGGCCCGGUAUGAGAAAAAUGUGUGGAGUAAAAUCUAUCGAUGAAUGACAUUAAUGACCUCGUUACGUUUUUGUGCGCAACCUCAUCUGCGCACCUUUCACUUUUAGCCAUGGCAACGGAUAAAAAACAUUAAGUUGUCACAAAUGUCAAUAAAAUAAAUAAACUAAAAAUAGAUAAAAUCGGAGCAAAAUAAUGAAAACAAAUAAAUAACAGAAUAUAGAGAAAUGCUGGUAAGUCUCCAGCACUCUGGAAUAGUGAUUUUCAGUACAGAUGGAAUUAUAAUACAUAUUUACAAAAUGAUGACUAGUGUGGGAUAUUUUUGAAAUUGUGUGUUUCCAGAAAUACAUAAUAAAAUAUAUGAUGAAUAUCGCUGAUGUUAGAUGAUAAAAUGUGUGACAUGGAACCUAUGAUAGUCGAAACCAUGGGACGAUUCCUGAGGUAUCUUGCUUGUAACCGACUUCUUCGGACUUGAUUUUGUUUUGUGUCUGUUCAAAGACAAACGUUUUUAGAGUGUAAACUCCGGUCGUGCGUCGGAGCUGACACACACAUUCAUAUAUUUGAUUCCUCGUUAUUAUUACAGAACCCACGCAAAGCCGGACGUAGACGUGACCGGACAGAGUGCAAGAUAAUAAUAAAAAUAAUAUAAAAAAUAAGUAGUUCCUCUUUUUUCCUUUUUUUUAUUGUUUCAUUUUAUUGCUUGCUUUAUUCGAGUAAGUAUUGAGAAAUAUCGUAUCAGUCAAAAUAUCUAUACAGGUGCUACCUAGUCUCAAUCGGUAGCGAUAAUUGGAAAAAAAACUCCAAGUAUCCCUACCAAUGUAAGUAGAGAUAAAUGGAAUGGGGGAUUCCUACUCGUCCCGACUUGUUGACCCUUGCUUUAUAAAUGACAAUAACAUCAUGUUUUAAUAGUUUAAUAUUACGAAACCUUUAAGAUAUGAGAAUCAAUAACAUACUUGAAAAUAAUGUUUUUUUUAAAUAAUAAUCAAUAUUCAUCAUACUACUUCAAGUGUGUUAUUGGUUCUUCAAUAUUUCAAUAAUAUCAGAUUUUUGCUUAGAAGAAAAAAAAGUCAUCAACACCAAUAAAUAAACUAAAAACAAUCACAUUGUAACCUUGACAUUAGUAAAACUGGUUAAUAAGAUAUAACAAAAUCGAGGAGGGGGGGGGGGGGAGGUUGAACUUAUACAUUAUAACAUUUUAAGUUUUAUUAACAAUUGGUGAUUACUAAUAGAACAUAUUCCUAUUUAUAGUUACUACUCCUAACUUCGUCUGUACGGGAGAGUUGGUUUACCAUACAGAUUAACUUUACCCGAUUUAUACUCUUUUAAAUUAUCAUUUCUGGGAUAAAAAGUUUAAACGAGAAGAGUUUACGGACUCACUUUUGUGAAUAAUCACCAUAGUAGAGAAAAUAAAUUUAAAUUGUAAUUAAAAAUUCAAAAAUUUUCAAAACACGAAAUAUUUAAAGAAAAUAUAACUAGAAAAUAUUCCACGCGCACCAGGCAGCAGACGGGACCGCGUGGAAUUUUUUCUAGUUAUAUUUUCUUUAGAUUUAAACAUCAAGCAGUUACAUGCUUAAAAAAAUAAAAUUAUAAACACGACAUAUUUUAUUUUAGUAUAAACCUUGGUAUGCGGUUGUAUAAUAUCCAAGGAUGUGCCUACUUAAAAUCAUCUUUGCGCCGAGAUAAAUAUAAUUAGGAGAAACAAGUUUUGAAUCGCUUGACUUGAUUAUUUGAAGUUACACCGCAGUCUCGGUGUGUAUACCAACAAAUACACAUUCUUUGUGUUGAUCUAGUGAAAAUAUGAAAUAUUUUUAAAAUGAAGGAUAAAAUGGAAGUUGAAACGGACAAUAGUGCUACUAAAGUGAAUGGCGAUAUGGACGAUAAAAAUGUAAAAAAGUCGCCCAAGGAACCAUUUUCAUUAUCGAAACUAAUACAAAAAUUCUUAACUUUCUUUACAGUAGAACCAUAUUUACUGUGUUAUAUUUUGCCGAGUAUAAUCUGUUCUGUAGGAGUGCAAAAGUUAAAUAUGGAAAAAGCUUGUCGUGUCGAUUUGGGCUAUACGGAAGAUAUAUGUGCCAAUGUCGUGGCUGGUAAUACGAGUGAUAAUAUCACGGAAGAAGCUUUAGUGGGUGCGUCUACACUUGUGGUUGAUAUGACUGCAUGGAAGGAUCCUCUUCAAACUGGAAUACCAGCUAUAUUUAUAUUAUUUGUUGGUGCCUGGAGUGACAGAACCGGUAAUAGAAAGGCGUUAUUACUCACACCAAUAAUUGGCGAAGUCAUGUCACUAAUCGGCUUGAUGAUAGGAACUUAUUAUUUCUAUGAAUUACCAUUAUGGGUUAUGGGAUUGAUUCAAGCUAUGUCUUCUAUUUUUACGGGAGGUUUACCAGUCGCUAUUAUGGGAGCAUACAGUUUUAUUGCUGACGUCACCACUCCGGAAGAACGUACAUUCAGGAUCGGUGUUGUUGCUGUGAUAGUGACUCUUGGAAUUCCCCUGGGAACAGCUAUUAGUGGAGUCUUGACCGAAGCGGUCGGAUACUAUGGAAUAUUUGGUAUAGCAAUCCUAAUGUACAUAGUUGGAUUUAUUCAUACAUUAUUCCGUAUUCAUGACGUGAGAAGAACUAAAAUCGAAGGAACAUUUUGCUACAAACUAACUCAAUUUUUCCAUAUCAGAAAUAUUUGGGAUACGAUUUCUUUGCUAUUUCUCAGUCGCGGUAGGAUGCUGGCCCAAAUACUUCUUGUUAUUUGGGCACAUAUCGUUAUUAUGGGACCAGUGGUAGGCGAAGGGACAAAUCUUUACGUUUAUACACUAAACAGAUACAGCAUGGACCUCGUGGACUUCAGUCUUUUUACUACGUAUUCCUUAAUUUUGGGAAUUGUUGGAACUGCUAUAGCUGUUACUGUAUUUAGCAAAUGGAUGUCAAUGCACGACUGUGUGCUGGGGAUAAUUGCGACAACGAGUAAAGUAUUAUCUUCUCUUGUCUACGGGCUUGCUCCAACCAGAGAUUGGUUCUUUGCUGGCCCCGUGUUUGAUAUCUUCGGAAAUGUAGGAGUUACGGCAAUUCGAUCUCUGGGUACAAAAAUCGUUGAUCCAGAUAAAGUCGGUAAAAUGUGCUCAUUGAUUGGGUUCUUGGACGCGAUUAUCCCAACCAUAUACACACCCAUGUAUAGUAAGAUUCUUACAGCUACUUUGCAAUCUUUCCCUGGUGCAAUAUAUAUACUCGGAUCAGUGAUGACUGUUCCAGAUUACUUCGUAUUUGGGAUGUUAUACUAUCUUCUUAAGAAGCAGCAGCGGGAUGUUGUGCAGAACCCAAACACGAAAGAGAUGCAUGCAUAUGAAAAUGAUGUGACGGCUUUAUAGUCAAUCAAAGACAUUAAUAUCUCUUUGAAGUUAAUUUACUUCUUGGGUACUGUUUUACAAUGUACUGACUGAUGAUUGAGAAUAGUUUCCAGAUAAUUAUAUAUGUAAUUAGUUGUAUAAAUUAUAAUCAUUAAGUUUUACUAAUCUCUUCUGUUAACAAACCUAAGUGUUAUUAUCAUAUUUGGUUUGAUGAACCAUGUUGAUGAAGAUAAUUAGCUUUGACCAAAAUCCGAUGGAAGGUUCCGAUGGUGAACGGAGGCCUAAGUCAGGUGUGUCUCACGGGGAGUGUUACGAGGUUUCGUUUUCACUUCAUUUGUGUAGCAACGGCGGAGUUGAUACAAACUAUGCCGAACGAUAUCGCUACACUCAGUAAUAUAGUAAAAUGCAUGAAACCCAAGCGUGAAUAUUUGAGGUCUGUAAGGUAUCGUCAUCGUCAAAAUAUUGUGUGGAAAAAGCUAGUUUCUUAUGUCCGAUAGCUUAGUUUUCAAAGAAACUUUGACGAUGCGAAACGUUAUGUCGAAAUUCUGGCCUCUGAGCGAAUUAAGGUGUGCAUCUGUUGUGUCAUGUACUUUAUUAUAUCUUAAUAAUAUAUACAUAUAUUAAUUUAAGAUUUUUUGUAUCUUAUCAACAACAAAAUUAAACUAACUGAUUUAGUCGAUAGUUUGAUAGAGAAAUUUAGACGUGGAGUUGUGUCUUGCCGAUAGAAAUUAAAUGUUUUCCAUAUGUUUUCUGUGAAUUGUAAGCUUUAACUCAAAAUAAAGAAAAUAUCAACAUACAUGAAUAGUUUAUACAAUGUUAGUUUGCCGUUGGACUAACCUACGAACUAUUAAUGAAUAAAUGUUUAACCUAUUUAUAAGUCUGCCUUCUUUUUACAAGCUUUUAUUUAACUUGCAAUGUAUGUUUGUUCGGGUGGAAUCUUACAACUCAAUUUUAAGGCACUUGCCCUCAACCGAUUGCAUACCAAAUUUCAGUGGUAUGCACGUUCAGUUCGGAUGACUAUGCAUGAUUAACUGUAUGACGUCAUUCCAAAUCCAACAUGGCAGAACACCCAAAAUGGCGGAUAAUUUUCUUUUAUCCGUGCCUACAAUGUGGGUAUGAAAUGAAAUGAAAGGUCUUACUGAGAAUAACUCUUGACGAGUAUAUUUUGUCUUUACAUGGUAUCUGUAUGUAUGUAUAUACAUAUGCGUGUAUGUAUGUAUGUAGGUAGGGUAUGUAUGUAUGUGUGUAUGUAUGAAUGUAUGUACGUAUGUGCAUGUUUGUGUAUGGGUAUAAGCAUUUGAUACGAUAUCAUGUUGGUUUAGUUAGGGUUGUAGCAUGAACUGGUUAAUAUUCUUUUGGCGGGAUAGGCGUCAACAGCAUUGGCCUUAAAUAGGGUGAAAUCAUUAGAAAGGCUCCUCAUUGAAGAGCUGGACUGUUCAAAAUUAACUGGCAAACGACCUUGCAAUAAUGAUGCGUUGAAUGAGAUGAACAGACUUAGGAACUUAUCAGGUGAAAACUUAAAAGUAUAGAAUAAAACUAAGGUAAAAAAAACCUUUUUAAAAACAAGCUUUUAUUUAAAUGCGCUAAAAAGAAAAAAAAACUUUUACACUAAAACUUUUACUGUUAUCUUAUAACGUCAUUUCAAACUUAACAUAUUUGACACAAUUUAUAUGUUAUAAAAGCUUAUCGCGAGAUUUAACUAAUCGUAUUUACUUUCUUAGUUUUAAAAUGUAUUGAUUUUCUUUUUAGCGCAUUUAAAUGAAAACUUGUUUUUAAAAAGGUUUUUUUUACCAUUAUUUUAUUUUAUGAUAAUGGAUGUGAUAUUAUCACACAUAUAUAUACCUAGUCAGGUCAUAAAUUCUGUCACAUGUUUAAUAUAAAAUAAUUGAAACAAGUUUAUUCAUUAUGUAAGCAUUUAUAUACCAAAAUGAACUUAACAAAACAUAGAUUCUUAUGACAAUGAAGUUUAUUCAAAAUGACCUCCGUGAUUUUGAAUACAGGCCUUCAAUCUGCGCGGCCAGUCGUCUAUCGCAGCACGAACGAGGUCCGUGUCAAUAUCGGCGACUGCCUUAAUCAAGGAUGUCUUGAGUGACUCCAAAUUGGGAUGAGGCUAGGAAAGUUUUUAACUACUAUAAUUUUACUGCUCAGCUUGAUUUAUCAUAUCCUAUAUAUGGACUGUGACUGCUAUAUUAAAAUAAUAAAUAUAACCUAUAUUAAAUUACUUAUAUUUGAUUAUCUAUGGAUUACAUAUGCUGUGACGACUCGUUUCAUUUUAUUUUAUAUAAAUGUGUGACACAGUGCAAACAAUUCAUGAAUUAGACGCACUAGAGGUGGCUAGGUCUUUUGACUGCGAUGUCUCUGAACUAACAAAACGAAUUUGUAUACAAAAAUGCGAUUUUACGAUGCUUUCUCAAAAUAUACGAAGUAUAUAUAAGAAUCUUGAUGAUUUCUUGCUGACUAUAUCUCACCUAUCACUAGAUGUAGACGUAAUUACUUUGAGUGAAUGUAGAAUUGAUAAGAAUAAGCCUAUACCACAACUUCCAAAUUAUCAAUCUUAUUUUACUAACAUACAAUUGAAUCAAAAUGAUGGAGUUGUAACUUAUGUAAAAAACACAUUAAAACACAAAGUGCGUGAAAUAAAACUCGCUCAAGCUUCUUGUCUUCAACUAGAGAUUUUAAAUAAUACUAUUUUAUGUAUUUAUAGAUCGCCUUCUAGUGUUAAUGCAAAUGAUUUUAUAAGUAGUUUAGGUACUCAUUUGGACUCUCUGAAUUCUUGCAAAAGUAUAGUAAUAGCUGGUUAUAUUAAUAUAAAUAUUUCACUUAAACCCAUAGAACCACCACACGAACAAAGGAAUCGCAUUGAUUAUCUAAACAUGCUUUCAUUUCACGGUUUGCUUGCAGGUCAUACGAUACCUACUAGAGGCAAGAAUUGCUUAGACCAUUUUAUGUUAAGAAUUAAUAAAACUAAGAUCCGAGCCCCUAUUGCUGUGUUGCACACAAGCACCACAGAUCAUUUUACAACAUUUAUAACAAUAGCAAAACUCAAUGAUCGCCAAACUACAUGCAAGACUAGGACUAAUGUCAAUUUUGAAGCCGCUUUGAAGGGCCUUAUGAAUAAAAGUGUUACAGAAUUAUUAUAUUGUGAUGAUCCUGACUUAGCCAUUAAUAGUUUGAUAUUAAAAUUAAUGGAGACCGUUAAAGAGAACACUGUUAUUACAAAAAUACCAAGAAAAUAUCGUAAUAUAAAACCAUGGAUCACACCGGGGAUCUUACGUUGUAUUCGGAAUAGAAAUAAAUUGCAAAAGAAAGUAAAAGAUGAUCCUUUUAAUGAAACAAACAAAAUUAUUUAUACAAUAUACAGAAAUUAUUGUAAUGCUCUUCUUAAAAAACCAAACGCCAGUAUGAGAGAGAAUUAUUGAAUGAAUCUAUUAAUGAUAAUAAGUUGCUGUGGAGAAACAUCAGAAACAUCACAUAUACAAGUAAAAUUAAUAAAAUAAACUCUGAUUUACUUAAUAUUAAAUCUACUCCUGCAGCUUCUGCCAAUUAUAUUAAUGAUUUCUUUGUAAAUAUUGGUAAAAACUUGGCUUAUCAAAUUCGACCCUUAGAUGUGGAAAGUAGUAGCUAUUUGAGCAACUUACCAAAACAGUGUAACUCCUUUGUUCUUAUAGAUACUGAUCAUGGUGAGGUAAGUGAUAUAAUACAGUCCUUAAAAUAUAGCAGUGCCCCGGGAUGGGACGGUAUUCCAACCAGUUUUAUCAAAUACGCAAGAUCAUAUAUUGUUCCAAUUAAAACUCAUUUUGCUAAUCUGUGUUUUAAAAGGGGACUUUCCCGUCGGUACUGAAACGGUCAAUAAUCAGUCCAGUUUAUAAGGCUGGGGAUAGAGACAGUGUUAAAAAUUACAGACCAAUUUCUGUGUUACCUGUAAUUUCUAAAAUUAUAGAAAAACUGUUAAAUACGAGGCUGCUUAGCUAUCUAAAUAAAUUUGACAUCUUAUCACCAUCUCAGUUUGGCUUCAGGCGAGGGAAAUCAACUGAAGAUGCAGUUUUGGCACUUACAUCGUUAGUUACUGAGCAGCGCGAUGCUCAUAAAAAAUGUACUUCAGUAUUUUUGGAUUUACAAAAAGCUUUUGACACUGUCUCUAUACCUAUUCUGGUGAGAAAGCUGGAAGCGAUCGGACUGAAGGGAGUUUCUCUUGAAUUGUUCAAAGAUUACUUGUCGGAUAGGCGGCAAAAGACAAAGUUAGAUUCCUUCACUAGUGAUGAUGCAGCAGUGACAUAUGGAGUGCCUCAGGGUAGUGUCCUUGGACAUAAGGAAUAAUGUAGGUACAUUAUUCCUUAUUUAUAUCAAUGAUCUUCGUGCCAUGAACAUUAAGGAUGCAGAAAUUUUGUCGUACGCUGAUGACACUGCAAUUGUUUUUAGUGCAGACUCUUGGGAUGCUGUAAGGGAAACAACCGAGAGCGGCUUGAAACAGAUAAGCAAGUGGUUACGUUAUAAUUUUCUUACACUCAACACGGCUAAAACAAAUUAUAUCUGUUUCAGUCUAUAUAAUGACGGACAACCAAACAAUGAUUUUCGUUUAAAGAUACAUGGCUGUAAUUUUAUAAUAGGUGGAGUUAAUUGUAACUAUCCGGUUCCUCAAAAGGUUGAGAAUGUUAAAUAUUUGGGUGUCUAUGUGGAUCAGAGAUUAUCUUGGUAUCAGCAUUUAGAACAUGUAACUUUAAGACUCAGAAAGCUUACUUGGAUUUUCAAGACACUCAGGUAUAUAGUACCAGUACCAAAAAAGGAUAAGGGUAAUUGCGGUUCGGUAAGAGAUCUCCUUAAAGAAAUUUAUGUUUCGUUGGCCCAAUCUAUAUUGACAUAUUGCAUACCUGUAUGGGGUGGCGCAGCCAAAACGCGUUUUAUUGAUGUUGAGCGCGCUCAGCGAAGUCUCAUUAAGGUCAUGUAUUUUAAAAAAAAAAGGCGAUUUUAUACUGAGUGCCUCUACAAAAUUAGUAAUUUAUUAUCUGUAAGGAAGCUGUACUUAGUUCAUAUUAUUCUAAAAAAACAUAAGUCUCUAACGUAUGACCCUAAGAUUUCAAAAAGGAGAAGGAAAGACAUUAUUAUACGUACUCCUAGAACCAACACUUUAUUUGCUAGCAGUCAGUUCAAUAGUCGAUCUAUACACAUAUACAACACCAUUAAUAAAUAUAUUUAAGUAUAUGAUAAAAUUUAUUAUCAAUGCAGAGAUCUACUGAUAAAAUGGUCAGCUAAAACAUAUGAUGAAAUCGAGAUACUAUUAAGCAGAACCUAGUAUUCUUGCACACACUAAGACACAUAUACACGCACACACACUACACCAACAUGCACACACACACACACACACACACACAUGCAUACAAAAUACAAACACUCACUCCCACAUUUACAGUUACGUAGGCAUAAACACCAAACGUCUAAACUAAUUAGAUCUUAGUCAUGGUUUGUUUAGAUUUUAUUGGAUUGUUAUAAUUAUCUAUUUUAAGGAAGAGCUGUAUAUCCUGACACAGGCUAUUUAAGCUUAAAAGGAGAUGCAGGUCAUUAGUUUAAGAUCACAUUAUUGCUCAAUUCAAUAAAAAAUUAUUAUUAUUAUUAACUACUAGCAAACCCGGCGAACUCCGUUUCGCCACCAGAUGGCUUCUUUUUAUGUAACUUUUCGUUUGGUGAUUAAAAG